AUGGAAACAUACAAAAAGCGUCAAACAUUUAUUUCUUUUAAAAGAAACUUAGUAUCUGGAACACCCGCUGAGAAAAAACUAAAAACUUAUGACAGAAAGCUACAAUUACAAACAGCUAAUAAAUGGAAAGUCUCUACGCUUGCAAAAUAUAAUGCUUAUGAUUGGCUUGAAAUUGAAAGCGUUGACGGAAUAGUUACAGCUAAAAUGCAAACAAAAGAAGAACUAUCGCUUUGCCUAUACCCAAAAAUAAUUCAAUUAGAAGAGAAACAUGGUGUAGUUUUUGGUCAGGCUUAUAAAAAGGAAAACACAUGCGGAGUAUUUAUUGACUACAUUGCUCUUAGUUUAGCAAUAGAUCUCAAAAAUAAACUAAAUACUCGAAAUUUUUUCACUAUUUUAAUUGACGGUUCUAACGACGUUUCAAUUAAGGAAAAAGAAGCUAUAUUUGCCGUUACUUUUAAUCCGGCUCCAACUGGAAAAUCUGAAGUAAACGUUGAAUGUGAUUUUCUUUCACUUUUGGAUGUUGAGUAUGGAACUUCGCACGGAGUUUUCAACACCAUAAAAAAGUCACUCGAGAAUAUAGAAAUCGUAAAUUGCAAUAAAAAACUAGUUGGAUUUGGUGCGGAUGGCGCAUCCGUUAACAGAGGGAGCAAGUCGGGCGUUAAAAUGUUGCUCAAGGCUGAAGUCCCCUGGAUCACGUUUGGCUGGUGUGUAGCACAUCGUCUCGAGUUAUCAUUAAAAGAAAAAUUAGGAAAAACAGCCUCAUUCAAUGACGUUGAUUACACGAUUUUAAAAAUGCAUUACAUUUACAAAAAAUCCCCCAAAAAGUUAAGACAGUUGGGUGAACUCGUUUCUAUUUUAGAAGAUGAUGAAUAUAACAUUGGUGGUUACCGACCUAAGAAAGCCUCCGGUACACGAUGGAUUUCACAUAAAGUUCAGGCUUUAGAAAUGAUUUUAGAUAAAUACGGUGUUUAUUUAACACAUCUGGAAAAUAUGACUGAAGAUAUAACAUUUACCAAUGCUGAAAGAGCUAAGUUUAAAGGAUACCACAAAAAGUGGAUACAUGCUAGAAUGCCCCUUUAUAUCGCGUUGUUUAUUGAGAUUUUAGCACCAGCAAAGAUGUUGUCAAAAUGUUUUCAAAGUGAUGAGAUAGAUGUGUUGGCUUCAUCAGGGUUUGUUCAACAAGCUGAAAGCAAUUUAAAUCAUAUUCAAAAAACAAAGUUUAUUAAUUUGCCAACAGUAAAACGUUUUCUUGCCAAAGUGACUGAAAAAGAAGGAAAGUUUUAUUUCCAGGGUGUUGCACUUAACGACUUUGUAAAUGCUAAACAUUUAGUAAAAAAGUCUAAAUCUAUUCAUAUCGAGUUGGUAACAAAUUCGAUCAUAGAGCGUUUGGAAACAAGCGAUACUAUUACUGAUAUAGCGCCGUUGCGACAUGCUGGUUUUGCAGGAACUGUAAAUGGUGUUUUGGAUGCUUGGCAUAGCUUGGUAAACUACACUGUAAAAUAUUUAGCACCACAUAAUACCGGCUAUCGUAAGUUAUGGCAUCAAAUUUUUUCUAGCUCAAUGAAAAAUGAAUGGGUUCCGGUUUUACUUAUUGUCGAACUAUUAUUUACUUUGCCUGUUUCUAAUGCGAAAGUUGAACGCCUUUUUUCACUAAUGAAUAGAGUAAAAACGGAUACAAGAAACUCUCUGAAAGAGAAACGUUUAGAAAAUUUAAUUCGAGCCUGCUAUGGGGAACUCGCUGCAGCUCUAGAUCGAACAAAAAUGUCAGACUGCAAGGCUGUUUUUGUUAUAGCAGAAACUUCCAAAAGCUUAGGACAGAAUAUCAAUGAAUUUGCUCUUAACAGAGACUCAAUUCGCCGGCACAGAUUGGAACACAGAGUCCAGAGAUCUGCAAAUAUAAAAGCCAAGUUUCGGGAUAACGUUCCUCUUGUUGUUCACUGGGACGCAAACUGA